AGGCGGCGAGGAAUGUCGUGGAGAAAGCGCUUGUGCAAGUUUAUUUCCCGACUGCGCAUGUGGGAACAAGGGUCCUGCAUGCGGAAGUAGGGACUUUGCUUUUAAUAGUUUUCGGUGGAAUUUUUUUUUACGAGUAUUAUUUUCAUCGAGUUGGAAAUUAAAUGCCUUGAUUUUUUUCAUUUGAAAGACCCGAAUUGUUCUGCAGCGUUGCGGUGCGGCGUUGGUGUGGGAGUGACUGCGAGCUGCGAACACUGACUGGUACCUGAGCCAGGAUGGAGCCAAGUGCAGCCGCCUCCACGGGGCUCGCUGUAGCCGUGCUCUCCAGCAUAGUCAAUGGCUCCACUUUCGUUUUGCAGAGGAAAGGCAUCCUUCGUGCUGAGAGCAGAGGAACUUCCUACUUAACAGAAUUGAUCUGGUGGAUUGGAACUUUAGGAAUGGGACUGGGUCAAAUAGGUAACUUCUUGGCCUACAACACUGCUCCUGCUGCAUUGGUAACUCCACUAGGAGCUCUUGGUGUGCCAUUUGGGUCAAUCUUGGCUUCUUAUAUGUUGCAAGAGAAACUAAACUUGUUGGGAAAACUAGGAUGUCUACUGAACUGUGCUGGGUCAGUUGUACUGCUCAUUCAUGCUCCCAAAACAAACAAUAUAACAUCAAGGGAGCAACUUGAAGAAAAACUGUUAGAGCCAGUGUUUCUCGGCUAUAUCUGCAUUGUUCUCGCACUUCUUGUAUUGCUGAUCUUCUGGAUUGCACCUUCCCAUGGCUCGACCAACAUUAUUGUCUACAUUGGCAUUUGUUCACUGCUGGGCACUUUCACUGUGCCAAGCAGUAAAGGCAUUGGCAUAGCCACUCAAGAUGCAUUCAGCAAUAACCCAGCAAGUCAAAGAGCCCUGUACCUUUCUAUCAUUCUGCUAACAACACUGCUGUGCAGUAUUUUUCUGCAGUUUAUCUAUAUUAAUAAGGCACUGCACUGCUUUGAUUCCUCCUUGUUUGGUGCUAUAUAUUACGUGUUUUUUACAGUUUUUGUCAUAUUGUCAUCUGGAAUCCUCUUUCAGGAAUGGAGCGACGUCAGUGUUGUGGACUUUCUGGGUAUGCUGUGUGGAUUUAUCACAGUUUCAGUGGGGGUCCUCCUUUUGCAGGUGUUCAAAGGAUUUGCAAUCUCUGUCACUGACUUAAGAAGCCACUUCAAAGAAACAUAGCCACUAAAGCAUUUAUAGGUGCUUUAUAGCUGGAGUUCUGAUUCUGGCCAGCACUGCAGUGAACAUUGUCAGAUAUUUAGAACCUGGCUAAUGGGAAUUGCAGAACAUUGUUUUUUCCCUAUGUACGUGGAAUAAUUGAUCUGAUCCAGUUUAGUUUGCACAUACAAUGUGGAAACAGGCCCUUCAGCCGACCAAGUCAACGCCCACUAACAAUUACCUGUACAUUAGUUCCAUGUUGUCCCAUUUUCACAUCCAACACACUAGGGGCAAUUUACAGAAUUAACCCAAUUAACCAACAAACCUGCACGUCUUUGAAAUGUGGGGGGAAAGCGGAGCACCCGGAAAAACCCCACAUGGUCACAGGGAGAACGUACAAACUCCAUACAGGCAGCACCGGUAGUCAGGAACGAACCCAGGUCUCUUGCGCUAUAAGGUAGUGACAACUUGCUAUUACCACACAGACCAGCUUCUCUGUGGCACGGGCCACUUCACUUGUUUCACGAUGUCCUUCAUUUGCCAUCCCCAUUCACAAUUAUUUUUCUGUUACUGGGGACAGUGGGAAGCUGUUCAGGAGAUGGGGAAAUUCUGGCUACUGAGACAGUCACGGGAUCCUUAGUUUUCUGGGGAGGGAAUAGACAGAUAACAUUUUGGAUCAGAACACCAGGAGUUUGAACGAUAUCAAUCUGAAACGCCAUCUGUCCAUACCCUCCAGAGAUGCUGCCUGACCCGCUGAGUUACUGCAGCACUUUGGGUUUUGCUCAAGUUUCCAGCAUCUGCAGUCCCUUGUGUCUCCUGUGGCUCUUUAGUUUUAUUAGGAGUGGGGCGGGGGGGGGGGGGAGGUUAGUGAUAUUUAUCAAUUUUCUCGCCCCCACCUUCCAAUCCCUACACCACACCCUCCACGUCGAUUAGUGGAUGGUGCAGUGGUGCAGCUUUAGAACUGCUGCCUCACAGUGCCAGAGGCCCAGGUUCGAUCCUGACUACAGGUGCUGUCUGUGAGGAGUUAAUGCGUUUUCCUGUGACC